AUGGCUGAAAAACAGAGAGAUGAAAAACAUUUUGUCUUGGUGCAUGGUCUUGGCCAUGGUGCCUGGUAUUGGUACAAGCUUAAGCCACUGUUGGAGUCCUCAGGCCACAAAGUCACGGCCCUUGACCUUGCAGCUUCUGGCAUCAACACACACAGUAUUGAAGACAUCCACACGUUUUCUGAUUAUUCUAAGCCCCUUUUGGAGUUCUUAGCUUCCCUUGCUCCAAAUGAAAAGGUUGUCCUUGUGGGACACAGCUUUGGGGGGAUGACUAUAGCCCUUGCAAUGGACAAAUUUCCAGAAAAAACAGCACUUGGAAUAUUCCUAGCCGCUUUUGCUCCUGAUACCCAACACACACCAUCAUAUGUCUUAGAAGAGUACAUUGGAAGAUACGCAAUUACCGGAUGGUUAGACUCUGAGAUCUCAUAUUGUGGAAGCAAAACCACAUUGCUUCUUGGCAUCAAUUUCUUGUCCAACAAGUUCUACCAACUCUGCUCCAAUGAGGAUCUGGAAUUGGCGAAGACUUUAGUAAGACGAGGGUCACUUUUUCCUGAAGAGCUGUCUAAGGCGAAGAAAUUUUCUAAAGAGGGUUAUGGGUCGAUCCCAUGUGCUUAUAUUGUUUUCAAUGAGGACUUGGCAAUUCCAAAAGAGUAUCAGCAAUGGAUGAUCCAAAAUGCAGAGAUUGAUGUGGUGCGAGAGAUCAAGGAAGCAGAUCAUAUGGCUAUCCUUUCCAAACCCCAUGAACUGUGUUUAUCUCUCCUUGAAAUCGCUGAUAAGCACAUUUACCUAUGCAGCAUUGGCACAACAUACAUGAACAAAGUAUGUUGUUGUGUAACGGAGCCUCAAGCUCCAUCUCUGCUGCAAAAAUGCAGCGCAGUGACAUCACUGCGAGAGGCGCGUCGACUCCACGCCCUCAUAUUAACUACUACCACCGCCUUCAACUCCCAAUCUCCGUUUGUGUUCAACAACAUUCUCUCAAUGUAUGCACGGUGUGGUUCUCUCAGAGACUCUCACCUCGUGUUCGACAAAAUGCCAGAUAGAACUCUUGUUUCUUACAAUGCACUCCUUUCAGCCUAUUCUCGAGUAUCAUCAGAGCAUGCUAUUUCCGCCCUAAAACUGUAUACCCAGAUGGAAACUAAGGGUCUUAGACCCUCUGGCAUGACUUUUACUAGCUUGCUGCAAGCAUCUUCCUUGCUUCAACAUUGGUGGUUUGGAUCAUCAAUUCAUGCGAAGGGCUUCAAGUUGGGUUUUUUGAAUGAUAUUUUUGUCCAAACUUCUUUACUUAAUAUGUACUCCAAUUGCAGGGAUUUGGGUGCUGCCGAGUUGGUUUUUUGGGAUAUGGAUGAUAGAGAUGAUGUUGCUUGGAAUUCUUUGAUUGUGGGAUACCUGAAGAAUGGUAAGAUCAAGGAGGGAGUUAGGCUUUUUGUUAGAUUGGUGAAGGUUGGCUUUGUCCCAACCCAAAUCACUUAUUCUAUGAUUUUGAAUGCGUGUAGUCGUCUGAACGAUUAUCAUUCUGGCAGAUUGAUUCAUGCCCAUGUGAUUGUUAGCAAUGUGCCCCUCGAUUUACAUCUGCAAAAUGCGCUGGUUGACAUGUACUGCAAUGUUGGCAAUACUCAAACUGCAUAUAGGAUUUUUAGUAGAAUGGAAAGCCUGGAUUUGGUUUCUUGGAAUUCAAUGAUUGCUGGAUAUUCUGAGAAUGAGGAAGGAGAAAAGGCAAUGAAUUUGUUUGUAAAGUUGCAGAAAUUGAAUUUUCCUAAACCAGAUGACUAUACUUAUGCCGGCAUUAUAUCUGCAACUGGUGCAUUUCCAUCUUCUAGUUAUGGAAAACCUCUUCAUGCACAAAUUAUUAAAGCAGGUUUUGGGAAUAGUGUGUUUGUAGGAAGUACUCUAGUAUCUAUGUAUUUCAAAAAUCAUGAAAGUGAAGCUGCUCAGAGAGUAUUUUAUUCAAUCUCAGUGAAGGAUGUUGUUCUCUGGACUGAAAUGAUUGUAGGUUAUUCUAAAACGCCUCAUGGAAUUAGUGCAAUUAGAUGCUUUUGUGAAAUGGUUCAUGAAGCCCAUGAAGUGGAUGACUAUGUUCUCAGUGGAAUUCUGAGUGCAUGUGCUGACCUGACAAUUUUAAGACAAGGAGAAAUAAUUCAUUGUUACGCUGUUAAAUUGGGUUACGAGGUUGAAAUGUCUGUUUCUGCCAGUCUAAUUGAUAUGUAUGCCAAAAAUGGUAGCGUUGAAGCUGCAUAUUUGGUAUUUUCUCGAGUAUCGGACCCAGACUUGAAAUGUUGCAACUCGAUGCUUGGAGGAUAUAGUCACCAUGGAAUGGUGGGGGAAGCAUUGAAACUUUUUGAAGAGAUUCUUGAACAAGAACUGGUUCCAGAUCAUGUGACAUUCUUGUCUCUGUUGUCUGCUUGCAGCCACAGUAGGUUGGUUGAGCAAGGAAAAUUUCUCUGGAGUUAUAUGAACAGCAUUGGUUUGAUUCCUGGGCUCAAACACUACUCUUGCAUGGUAACUUUGCUGAGUCGGGCAGCAUUACUGGAAGAGGCGGAAGAUAUUAUCAAUAAAUCACCUUAUAUCGAAGAUAAAUUAGAACUGUGGAGAACUUUGUUAAGUGCCUGUGUUAUAAAUAAAAAUUUGAAAGUGGGAAUUCACGCAGCAGAGGAAGUUUUGAGAUUGAGGGCAGAAGAUGGUCCAACGCUUGUUUUGGUUUCUAAUCUUUAUGCUACUGCAAGGAGAUGGGAUAAAGUUGCUGAAAUAAGAAGAAAUAUGAGGGGAUUGAUGCUGGAGAAAGAUCCAGGGUUAAGCUGGAUUGAGGCCAAGAACGACAUUCAUGUGUUUUAUUCUGGAGACCAAUCACAUCCGAAGGCUGAUGAGGUGCAGACUGAAUUGCAUAGGCUAAAAAGAAAUAUGAUUAGAACAGCACGAGACACAAAAUGCAUGCUACACAGAAUGAUUCAAUGUAGGAUUCAUGUAUGA